CCGUAUAUACACCGAUUACGCAUCUACGUCUGCGAUGCAAAGGUAAACAUGGCGUCACGGAAGGCACGGAAGGUGCCAUCAGAACAGUUUUAAAAGCACUUUUGACGGAAUUAAAUUUGUCAAACACAGCAUUUCCAGUUGGCCUUCAACGCAAGGGAUCCAAGCAUAUAUUAUUCGGCCAUAUUGUCGAGAAGAAACCAUUAUUUUUGGUAUCGAACCCGUUUGAAUUUCACCGCAGUCACGGCAGUGGGAGCAGGCGGUCGCACGCAGUUUAGAGUUCGACCUUUUUCUACGUUGCUUUGCAUGCAUGGAAGUUGGCCAUACGGUACGCUACGCCUACGAUUGUCCAACUGCAGCCUUUGGCUUUGUGCAGGGUUGUCAUUGACUUCGGCCCGAUCGUGAUCUGUCUUCUUCUUGGACUUGGUCUUGCCUUGGAGCUGGAACUGUUCUUCCGAUUUUAAUUCAAGCCGACUUUGACAGGAAGUGAACAGAACUGGAAUACAUACAACAGCGAGAAAAUAACACGAGCAGUCAUGUCCUCUGUGCACUACAAGUUUAAGAGUAGUAUUGACUACGACACGGUGACCUUUGAUGGCCUCCAUAUAUCACUCGCAGACCUGAAGAAGGCCAUCAUGGAACAGAAGAAAAUUGGCAGAGCAGAGUUUGACCUUCAAGUGACGAAUGCACAAACGGCAGAAGAAUACAAAGGAGAGGGAGAUCUCAUUCCAAAGAAUGCAUCAGUGCAAGUCCGCAGAGUUCCACUUGGUGGAGUUGGAGCAAACCUAGUUGCGGCCCCUGUCAAAAUGGAAGCGACUUCAUCUACAAAAGCAGGUCUAAAGAUGACUAUAGCCCAGCUAAGCAAGAGAGCAGAUCUGGUGUCCAUUGAUGCCUCUGAAGAUGACAAGAUAUCCGCUAUGGUCAUGCAGGCUGGACAGGAGUAUAACCCUUCAAGGUACAUCGACACAAGGCACUUGAAUCGCAAUGCCCCGCCCCCAAGAAACUACAUCUGCCACCACUGCCACAAGGCUGGACACUUCAAGCACAGAUGUCCCCAUUUGAAUGCUGACGAAGAUAAGAUGGUGUAUGGAGGUCAGCGUUUGAUGAUGAAAUCUACUGCAGGAAUCCCAAGAUCUCGCAUGACGACACUGGAUAUUCCUUUAAAGGACCUGCAAGCCUACUUGAUUGGCAAGAAGGAGAAGCCUCCGUUUGUCAAGAGCAACACACCUGAGCCAGAAGAAGAACAGCCAGAGGUUCCUGAUGAAUUGCUCUGUAAGCUAUGUCAGAACCUGAUGACUGAUGCUGUCCUCAUCCCUUGCUGUGGCAAUAGCUUCUGUGAUGAAUGUAUUAGGAACUCUCUACUAGAAACAGAUGAUCACAUAUGUCCUAUAUGCAAUGAACAGGAUGUUUCACCUAAUUCUCUUGUGCCAAAUCAACAACUCAGAAAGUCUGUGCUAAGCUUUCAGAACGAGACCAGCUACGUGCGACGUCCGAAAACCAAGCCUCAACCCCAGCCCCAAGUCAAAGAGGAAUCUCCCCCACCUCCACCCCCUCCCCCGUCAACCUCUGCACCCUCCACAGAGCACACACAGAGAAGUCAAAGCUCCUGGGAGGAUGACAGGUGGCACUCAAGGUCAAGGGACAGAGACAGGAAUUAUGACGACAAUUACAAAGGAGAGAGUGGCUCUUAUUACAGAGGAAGAGGAAGAGGUUCAUAUAGACCGUACGACUCGCGUCCACGCUACCACAGAAACUAUGAGUAUGAUUAUGAGAAUAGGAGGUACAAAAAUGAGGAAUAUUCUGAACAAAAUAAUGAACAAUCACGUUCAAGUGAGUCGGGGAGAUAUGAACAAUAUCAUCAACCUCCAGCCUCACAGCAUCCUCCUCCUGCAACAUCACUUGCCCCUCCUGUAUCAUCACAUCCUCCACCAGCUGGCUAUCAACAUUCUGUGCCACCUCCAGGGUAUCCACCAGCAGUUAGUCAGGCUGCUCCUGCAACUCUUAGCCAUCCACCUCCAACACUCCACCAACAGACACAACAUAUGCAACAACCGGCAACUCAUCAGCCUCCUACAUUGAUGCAACAUCCAUCCCAACCUGGUCAGCAUCCACCACAACCUGCUCAACAACAUCCACAGCCAGGACAACACACACAACAGCCUGGUCAACAUCCACCACAGACUGUUCAGCAUCCACAACAACCUAGCCAACAUCCACAACAGCCUGGUCAACAUCCACCACAGCCUGGUCAACAUCCACCACAGACUGUUCAACAUCCACAACAACCUAGCCAACAUCCACAACAACCUAGCCAACAUCCACAACAGCCUGGUCAACAUCCACCACAGCCUGGUCAACAUCCACAUCAGCCUGGUCAACAUCCACCACAGCCUGGUCAGCAGCAACAGCCAGGGCAACAUCCACAACCUGGUCAGCAUCUACCACAGCCAGGUCAGCAUCCACAACAACCUGGUCACCAUCCACAACAACCCGGUCAACAUCCACAACAGCCUGGUCAACAUCCGCAGCAACCUGGUCAGCAGCCACCGCAACCUGGUCAGCAGCAACAGACAGGUCAGCAUCAACCACAGCCAGGUCAGCAUCCAGCCCAACCUGGUCAACAUCCAGCCCAACCUGGUCAACAUCCAGCCCAACCUGGUCAACAUCCACCACAACCUGGUCAACAUCCACCACAACCUGGUCAACAUCCACCACAGCCUGGUCAACAUCCAACGCAACCUGGUCAACAUCCUUCACAGCCAGGACAACACCCACCACAGCCAGGACAACAUCCGUCACAGCCAAGUCAACAUCCACCACAGCAAGGGCAGCAUCUCCCUCAACCUGUCCAACAACAACCCAGCCACCCUCAGCAGCAAUCACAAGUUGGUCAAGCACAAGCUCCACCUCAGACUACUCAACCUUCACAUUCAGGUCCACCACAAACAAGCGUUGUGUACCAUGUUCCAGCUGGACACCAACCUCUUGCUAGUCAACCAUUGCCAGCUCACCAAACACCUCCUCACUCUUCUGGGGCUGUUGCUCAUUCACAAGCAGCACAUCCCACAUCUGUAUCUGCCUCGCUGUCCCACCAAUCUAUUAAUCAGCAGGUGACUUACACCGUAGCUGGGACAGUCCAGACAAGUGCUGCACCUUCAACUGUACACCAAGUACAUCAUACAGUGGUAUCUACUGCUCAGCCGCCACAAGCCACUUCCCAUGGGGUCUCACAGCAUCCUUCAACCCAGACAGCACCAACCCAGCCUCCUCCAGGGCUGGUAGGUCAACUUCCUGCCAGCAUAGAUUUCAACAAACCCCCUCCAGGUCUGCAAGCUGGAGCUGCUCCUGUCAUCGUAGACUUCAGUAAGCCACCACCAAGUCUUGAUGUCGUCAAUAAGGCACCUCAAGCUGAAACCGCAGUAGUUGGAGCUUCUCAAGCACAUGUUGAACAAAGUUCAGCACCACCUGCAGCAGCAACUCAGCUUGAAGUUUCUUCUCAAGAAACUAAACCUCAAACUCAGUCCUCAAGUGAGUCUGGUGUGGCAUCCGAUCAACCAAAGACUGAAUCACAAGCUGAUAAACCGGAGGAAACACAGGAUGAUGUAGCUGCAGAGAUGGAAAAGUUCUGUCAAGCUCAGCAAAGGAAACUGCGUGGGUCAUAUUCUAGGUCAAGAAGUUCUGGGUCAUGGAGUUCAAGCAGAUCAAGGUCUAGAUCAGGUUCAUGGAGUUCUCGCUCUCGGUCUCGAUCGUGGUCCCGCUCAGGAUCCAGCUACCGAUCGUUUAGUGGAUCUCGGUCAUGGACGCGUUCAUCAUCCCGUUCACGCUCCCCACAACGAAGACCACACAGAAACAGAUACAGAUCAAGAGAAAGAUCAUACUCUCCCAGACACCGUCAGAUGUCAAGAGAACGAUAUAUGCAGAGAGAUAGGCAGUACCAAAGAAGAAGGGAUUUCUCACGCUCACCUCCACCAAGGAAUUUCUCGCGCUCACCGCCACCGGACUAUCGACGAAGAGGAAGAGGGAGAGGCAGGUUUUACAAUCAAAGAGGUUAUUCAUACCGAGGUAAUCAAAGGUAUCAACGACCAAGAUAUCCGCGAUAUGAUGAUCGGAGUAGACAUUUUGACCAAUACGAUGAAAGAUACAAUGAUCAACAACACUUUGAUAGGUAUCAUCCAAAUGCUCCUCCUGGUCACCAUCCAGGUGGACCGCCUAAUGGGCCUCCAGGACAACACGGGCUACCACAUGGCCCACCUGGUCCUCAGGGACCUCCAAAUGCCCCACCAGGUUUCCCACCCAUGCCUCCACAAGGGCCUCCUCAUGAUCAUAAACAAGGUCCUCCACCAAAUUCUCAACAUCAGGGUCCUCCGCAAGGUCCACCACUCAUGCCUCCAGCUGGACUACCCCACCCAUUACCUCCACCACCACUUUUACCACCUCCUCCCUUAAACCCCCCACCUGGUGUCCCUCAACAAGGCCUGCCUCGACCAGGUUUACCUCCACCUGGUUUGCCUCCACCAGGUCUACCUCCACCGGGCUUGCCUCCUCCUCCAAACUUUCCUCCAUUCAAUCCAGACCAUCCAGAAUUCAGAGGGCCACCUCCUCGACCAUUUGGAGACUAUCCCUUUGAUCCUCGAUAUGAUGAUAGGAGGGAUGAAAGAAGGGAUGAUAGAAGGGACGACCCAUACUGGGGACAUUCUAGAGAUUCUAGGUAUCCACCAGACCACCGAUACCCUCAUCCUGACGGACCACAACCUGCAUAUGCUGAUGAAGAUCCUCAUAGUAGAGAGUAUAGACAUAGAGAUCGCAGAGGAAGAGACCAUGACAGGAAUAAAAAUAGAAGUAGAAGUAUAGACAGGAAAGCCAAAGACAAAGAGAGGAAAUCUGAAGAUCGAAAGGAGAAGGAGAAAAAUGAAGAACGCAAAUCAAAGUCUCGCCAUGCCAGUGAAGAAAAAGAGUCAGGAGACAGGAGAGGUACUCCGAAAGAAGAGUCUGCUCAAAAGGAUCAUUUAACAAAAGAUGGUAACCGGUCUAAAGACAGAGAAAAGAGACUAGAACAAGACAAAGAAAGAAAAGGUGACAAUAGAGAAGUUAAAAAUGAGCAAGAAAGGGGUAAAGAUGCAGCCAGUGACAGGGGACAGGAUAGAGAACGUGAAAGGGAUCGGGACCAUGAAAGAGACAGGGACAGGGGGAGAGAUCGAGAUCAUGGCAGGGAUAGAGAACGGGAUCCUGGAAGAGUUCGAGAUGAAGAAAGACACAGAGAUCGCGAAAGAGAUUACAGACAUGAAAAGGAUCGGUUGCCUGAAGUGGAUCAGGAACGCUAUGACAGUGAAAAGGCAAGAUGGGAAACUGAAAGAAGAAACGACAGGGAGCGGUAUGACAGAGAAAGGAUCAGAUAUGACAAUGAUCGUGGUUAUGAUAGAGGCUAUGAUCGGGAAAGGGAAAGGUAUCCUGAAAGAGACAACAGAGACAGAUACAGGGAAAGGGAAGUUGAUCGAGAUAGAGAAAGACCAUAUGAUGACAGGGAGAGGGACAGUCGUCGAGAUGGAGACAGAGACAGAGAUCGCACAAGAGAAUAUGAAAGAGAAAGGGAAGAUGAUCGAGACAGAGAAAGAUACACUGCUCGAGACAGAGGACAGGACCACGAAAGGGAAAGAGACAGUGAUAGACAUAAGGAGAAGUAUAGGAGCAAAGAGUAUCCAGAGGAUCAUGAAAGGCAUAAGAGAAGGGAUACUGAUUUGGAAAGGCACAGAAGGACAGAAAGGGACUAUGACAUGGAACGUGAAGAAAGAGUACGGCAUGAACAAAUAGGUGAUGAGAAGUACUCUGAAGAAAGGGAAAGGGACAAGGAAUCUAGGCACAGACAUAAGCAUAAACAUCGAGACAGGAGGAGUCAAGAAAGUGAGCAUGCAAGGAGUGAUGAUGAGAAAGAAUCUAGAACAUCAGUGGACCAUUCAAAAAGUCCGAGCAAAGAAGAUCAUUCUGAUAAAGAGAGUAACAAAGACAAUGAUGCUUCUAAAGAAUCUAAGAAAGAACCUGAAAUGAAAAAGACAAAGAAGAAAAAGAAGCAGAAGGAGACAGAGGGAAAAAUCAAGAAAAUUAAAAAGCAUAAGAUUAAGACUGAGAAUGAUCAGGGUAAGCAGUCAGACAACGAAGAGCCACCUGAGAAAGAAAAGAAGGUCAAGAAAACAAAAAAAGUAAAAGAUGCUGAAAAAGAAUCAAGUGAACCAAAAGUUAAAAAGUUAAAGAAAAAGAAGCCCAAAUCUGUUGUUGUUAGUGAUGAUCCUGAUAAAAGUGCUGUGAAGAAUUCUGUCAAAUCAGCAGUGAAUAUUGUGGACUAUUCAAGCACUAGUUCUACAGGAUUCAGUCCAAAGUCUAAAGUCCCGAUACAGGAUUCGCCCUUACCCAAAGGCUCCAAACUUGAGGGUCGACUUGGAGCAACAGUUGGUGAUAGCAGGCGUGUUGUGGUAGCAAGAUCACCAGAAAGAGUCAGAGAGAAAUCUCCAUCUAGACAUGCAAGUAGCAAGUCUUUCAAGAGAACUGUGAAACAGGUUAAAUCUAAAUCCAUCAGAAUAAAGGAAGAGAACAUGGAAGAAGAGGAAUUGGACGAAAGCGAAAAAGUCAAAGAAAAGCCAAAGAAGACAAAGGCUAAGGUGAAGAAGGAGAAGUCCAAGCAGCUGAAACGCAAAAGCAGUGAUGACAAGCUCAAGACUGAACACAUUAAGAAGAUAAAGGUUGAGAAAGAAGAGAAUAGUGAUGAGGAUACUAAAAUUAGUCGAGAGAAGAUUCCAAUAAAAGAAGAAAGGAUGGAUAUGAGUGAGCAAAAAGAAGAAAUCAAAUCAAAAGAGGAGAUUAAAGAGGAAAGCCAAGAUGAAGAUGAACCGAAGAAGGUCAAGAUGGAAGAGAGUCCAGUUGAUGACCAGAAGGAGACCAGUACUACUGAGAAGAAGACGGGCAGCCCCAGUGAGGUCAAGAAAUCUGGAACAUUAAUAGACAUUGGUCAUGAUGAGGAGACGUUUGAUCCUGACUAUGAAGAGGAUGCUGAAGACAUGGAUCACCAUGAGGUUAAGAAACCAAGACCAAGUGUUGGUGAGGAGGACUCUGACCACUCCACACAAAGCGAGGAAGAAGAAGAAGAGGAGGAAGAGGAAGACGAUUCAGCCAGCCCUGAGGACAGCCCAGUGAAAAAGAGCCACAAGAAACAUCGCAAACACAAGAAGCAUCACAAGAAACACAAGAAAAGUAGCAGUAGCAGUAAAAGGCAUGAAGAUGGGGAGAAGAAAUCAUCAUCACAGAGGCAUAAACAUAAGAAAUCCAAGAAGUCAAAAAAGAGUAGUAAAUAGUCUUGUUUUUUCUUCAUUUUUUAUGCAAAUUCUAGUAAUCAUGGUCAAAAUCUGCUCCAUAGAAUCAACCAAGGACUGUUGAAAUAGUACUUAUUUUAUACCAAAUUGAGAAGGACUAUCAAAUUCAAGUCUCUACAGAUCCAUUUUAAUUGUCCUCUGUGCAUAGACCAUUAUUUUUCACCAGUUGGUGGCUAAAUGCAUUCACAAGAAAAUAUGAAAAAUUCAAAUAUAUGGUAGUCUAAAAAUCAAAUCAGAAUAAUUUUUCUUCUUAAAGGGGACUGUUUUAUGCCCAGAACUUGUAAAAGUAUACACCUUUCCAUAAGAAAGUUUUAUUUGCUUUCAACUUGUAGUAGAUGUUACCAUGGCCCUGGGAAGUGGGGGUGCUGCAUGUAUUAUUUUCCAUAGGCAGCACCCCCAUGAAUUCUGGUAGGUGUUAAAAAUAAUUGAGAAAUGUAAGCAAAAUUACCAAUAUUUU